AUGGACGAUAAUCGCAAGAUAAGUCUGAUUCAGCCCCAGAAAAAGCAGUCUCAAGUGGCGAAAGCGGCCGUGUUGUCGUCGGCUAUGCUGACGAGGAAAAACUCGUCCGGACGAGCGGGUGUGUCAUCAUUUCCUGGACGAGAAAGUAUCGCUGCCAUUUCUGAUAUGCUAACUACACAACAAAAGAAAGCCAUCAAACCUGGCUACAUGGCAAGUGAGCGGCUGGAAUUAGCCCUAAAGAUUGCCUGUACCAUUUCGUUGAUCACCGUCUGCCUUCACACACCGAAAACAUUCGAACAAUGGUGGCCGCUUACAUACAUCGUGCUCUGCCUCGAUCUCGUAUCCGUGCUAAUACUCACCGCCGAGGUUGCACUCCGAAUUCAUCAUGAAGGAAUGAGCCUGAGGGACUCUUCCUACGUUCACAAUAGAUGGGCACAAUUUGAUCUCUUUAUGUUCAUCAGUUACUGGCUGUCGUGGCUGCUACAUUUCUAUCAAAUACUUCGAGUCAAUUUGGGUCUCUUCUCAGCUCCAUAUCAGGUACAACUUUCCCUAUAUACCAAUUGGAAUAUACUGAGUGUCACCGUUCAGGAAUGGUUUGGUGUGAUUCGUUCAGUACGACCGUUCAUUAUCAUUCGGCUGAUACGAUUAGCGGUCAAGUUUAAACUGCCGAGGGCCAGAAUCGAGCAGCUACUCAAGAGAUCAAGUCAGCAAGUGCAGAAUGUGACGGUGUUCUUCGUGUUCUUCAUGGCCUUGUAUGCAAUCGUCGGCAUUCAACUAUUCGGAAGAAUGGAUUACCACUGUGUACUUCCCAAAUCGGCAUGCACCCCUGCACUACCCUAUGCUUCUUUUCAGUUCCUCCGAAGUAUGGUUUUUCAAUGUUUCGUCAUAGUAUUCGUUCUGCUGAAUGCCAUCAUUAAUGCCUCUUUCGUCUAUAAACAUGAUGAAUCCGACAAAAUCAGGAAGUGGUAUUACUAUCUCAUCGAGGUGGGCUUCACGAUGUUAUUCAACUUGGAAUGCCUGAUUAAGAUCUUGUGCUAUGGUUUCCGGAAUUUUUUUCGUCGUGGAAUCUUCAAGUUCGAAUUAAUCUUAUGUAUAGGCAGCUCACUGAAUGCUAUCAAAUAUUUCUACGAUCGUAAUUAUUUCACUUACUUCCAAGCAUUUCGUCUCUUACGCCUCAUUAAAGCAUCCCCAAUACUCGAGGAUUUUGUAUGGAAGAUAUUCAGCCCUGGGAAAAAACUCGGGGGUCUGGUCAUUUUCACCAUCACUUUCGUAAUUAUCGCAUCUGCCAUAUCACUACAGUUGUUCUACGCUGUACCAAAGCUUCAUCACUUUCACACAUUUCCUCAGGAGGGUUGGACGGAUUUUGUUGUAGAAGUACUGCGAGCUACCGACGAUAAACUCGUGCCUUUUGUUGCCAUCUACUUCGUAGCAUAUCAUUUGUUUGUCACCUUGAUUGUGCUCAGCCUUUUCGUCGCCGUUAUUCUCGAUAAUCUUGAGAUGGACGAAGAAUUGAAAAAGGUCAAACAGCUGAGAGCCCGAGAAGCGACUACAUCGAUGCGUUCGACAUUGCCAUGGCGUUUACGGGUGUUUGAGAAGUUCCCGACGAGACCGCAGAUGGCGACGAUGAGACGUGUGGAUUCCGAGUUUCCCAUGCCUAAGGUUCGUGACAGCUUCGCCCAUCAAUUCGCAUUAGAAGGUGUCGACAUGGAAGUCUGUGAUCAGGAAUCUGAUCGGUCGAAAAAUUUAUUGCAAUUGGCGCCAUCGAGAAAGUACUGCCGAGAAGAGCCACAUUUCCGACAUAUCGGUAGCAUAUCGCUCCGUAACAGUAUUGCUCAUCUUCUUGAAAUAUCAGAUCGUACUCGCCAGUCAGUCACGAAUUCGCUCAACUUCUUGCCUCACUUCUACCGCUCAUCUGGGAGUCUCCAUCCUCGGAAGGAUGCAUUACCGUAUGUUUACCGUAAUGGACCGAACCGUCUAAACCACAAUGACCUGGCGCUAAAAUCCGAUGGUUACAGGAAAUCACGCACUAUGUCUGGGAAAUUUCUGCACACGACGAUGACUGCGAAACAGAUGUUGUACAAUGAGAAUGGAGAUCUUUCUCGACCAUCUGAUUCAGCUCCGAAAAAGGAGCUCAAACAAGGAGAAAUUGACAUACGUGCACUACAGCAGAAACGCCAUCUAGCCGAGAUCACCAGGACACGAAUAGAGGAAGACAUGAGAGAAAAUCAUCCCUAUUUCGAUCGACCCUUGUUUCUCAUCGGACGAGCAUCGCGAUUACGGGAGUUUUGCAAGAAGGACUCUCAUCGGAAUAAUGCCUUAUUUGGACUGGGGAAUGGUUACAAUAACGAUACUGUCGUGUAUUUCGAUGCUGUUCGAGAGCCCAUGGCCGACCACCGGCGAAAACCUCGUCAUGAACAAUCUUUACCUGCAGGUACCCUUUCAUAUUUCAUAUCGUGGCUAUCGGUUUACUCUUUUGUGUCAGAAAAUGAUUACCAAUUUUCUAUACAGUAG